AGAGUCCCUGGAACCCGGUUGCAAAUCCAUAAGUUUUUCGAACACGCACCCCAAACACGAUCGCUUUCACCCUUGUGCCGCCCGAGUGUUUGAUGAAAUUUCGAAGCAGAAAGUGCCUAAAAUUCAAAGUCGAGAUCGGUAUCGACGAACGCCGUGGUAACGUCACUGAUUCGCGAACGCGCGCCGUCACGACUGCAUUUCGCGCCUAAAUACGUUACGUUAACGCGAACGCAUACUUGUUGCGGAUUAUGUCAGGCAUCGCGAUCGCCAGGCUCGCCGAAGAGCGAAAAGCAUGGAGGAAAGAUCAUCCUUUCGGAUUUGUCGCGCGACCUAUUAAAAACCAAGAUGGAACCCUAAAUUUGAUGAGCUGGGAAUGCGCAAUACCCGGGAAGAAAUCUACACCGUGGGAGGGUGGAUUGUACAAGCUACGAAUGAUCUUCAAAGAUGAUUAUCCAUCCAGUCCUCCGAAAUGUAAAUUUGAACCUCCCUUGUUUCACCCCAACGUUUAUCCGUCUGGAACUGUGUGUUUGUCACUCUUAGACGAAGAGAAAGAUUGGAGACCAGCUAUUACCAUCAAACAGAUCUUACUCGGUAUACAAGAUUUACUGAACGAACCUAACGUUAAAGAUCCGGCUCAAGCAGAGGCGUAUACAAUAUACUGCCAAAAUCGUUUGGAAUACGAGAAACGCGUGAAAGCCCAGGCUAGGGCAAUGGCUCCGCAAGAAUAAGUUUUACAUUAAGUCUCAUUAAAUUCAAAUAUUCCAAUUAUAUAAAGAGUUUAUCGUAUAUAUCUAUAGUGUAUUCUAAUAUCAAUCUUACAUUUCUUAUCUUUUUUAUAAGUAACAUUAGUAUACGAAGUAGUUAAUUUACUAUUGUCUGCAGUUUAGUUUCCAUAAAAAUUCUCACAUGUAAUCGCUAAAUUCUCUUUAUAAAUCACGUGUCACAAUUAAACACGGAAACCAAGUCCGUCGCACACCGUUGCGUUACGUUAUUUUUUUUUCUUUCGGUCGCGCGCACGUCGACGACGCUUCGUUUCCUCAUCGAGAAUCCGAUCUAUUUAUUUUUAAGUUAAAAAGUUUAAAUCGUAAGAAAUAGCGGCAGUUAUCGAUAAGUCUUUAGGGCGAUGCACGAAGUAACAAAGCCUGCGAACGAAAGAUGGAAACGCGUUUGUUCUUUGAUCAUUAAACAGCCAACGUACCCGAAAAACAUGUAUUUAAAAUUUCUUGUAAAAAUUGUACAAAUUUUAAGAAAUAAAAUAUUCCGAUUCA